CCGAAAGAGAGACUGAGUAAGACUAAGAGAAAAACUAUAGCAGCGUGGCCGGUCCGCCGUAGCAUCGUGACGCGUGCAGUGACAGUUUAAGAAAUGGCAAUAUAUAUGGCUGCUAUUUUAUUGGGCGAUAAUAUUGAAGAUAAUUUUGAAGAUAAUUUUGAACCGAAUAAUCAAAUAAUGAGAAUUCAGAGAAGAAUAUUAAGAGAUAUGUCAGAUCCCUUCUCAGUUCCUGAAAACGAAUUUCGCAAGCUAUACAGACUGACGAAGAAUACAACAAGAAUAUUAAUAGAAGAAUUAGUACCACAUAUGCCUUUGAUAACACGAGUAACUGCUAUAUCUCAUGUAUUUCAGAUACUGGCAUCUUUAAACUUUUUUGCGGCAGGAUCAUAUCAAAGAAGAAUCGGCCAGGAUUUUUUAACAUGCAUGUCGCAAACAUCAUUAAGCCGUUCUCUUCAUGCAACUGUUAAUGCAUUAAAUUGUAUGAUGAAUAAUUGAAUUCGUUUUCCAGUAACGGUAGACAGAAUUCAAAGAAUCAA